AUGCACUGUUGCCAUUAUUGUCAUCAACGCAAACGUCGCAGCGUUUUCCAUGUGCGCUGGAAUCCUAAUGAGAAGUUCGUCGUGGAAAGUCGGGAGAAACCAGCAGUAAACUCCACAAAACUUUCACCACAUCCCCGUCUAAAGUUAUCGAAAAAUACAAAACUUACCUUCAAUCCAAAACUAUUCGUCUGUCUCGAUAAGCUUUUAGAGAAUUGCCAGAAUAAAACUGCGAAUUUCCGUCAACAUAUAAUUCACAUUUUUGAAAAAUCAUUAACCGACUCAACAAACGAAUCCAAUUUCUACAAUGUUCACUUUAAGCCUGUAUUUGCCAACAGCUUCGAAGAGCAGUACUAUCCAUCACCUUGCUUAGUUAUGGACGCCGGCGUAAGGAUACUACGUCGCAAGGAUCCUCCGUUUCACAAAUUGGAAAUUGGAAAACUCUUCCCUAAGCAAAAAUUAUUCCGCAAAAUAAAGGAUAUUAAGGCAUGCGCAAUUGUAUCAAGUGCAGGUUCACUUUCCGGUUCAAAGAUGGGAAAAUUCAUCGACGCACAUGACGUUGUGAUGCGAUUUAAUCACGCACCUACGCUGGGAUAUGAAGUGGAUGUUGGUAGUAAAACAACAAUUCGAGUCUUAAACUCUCAGGUCGUUACCAAGCCGCAGUUCAAUUUCACUCACGCACCGAUCUUCCAAAAUGUCACAAUUGCCGCCUGGGAUCCGGGAAAGUAUAAUACCUCGCUGAAAGAAUGGACGACUUCAGCAGAUUACGACUUGUUCACCAACUAUGGCAUAUAUCGGCGCAACUACCCGAAAUCACGGGCAUUCCUCAUCGAUCCGCAUUCUGUCUGGCGUCUAUGGCAAAGUUUACAAACAUUUGUCGGGAAACGUCCCAUUCGCAAAAAUCCACCAAGUUCAGGUUUCAUUGGUCUCGCCUUAUUGCUGCCGUAUUGUCCUUAUAUAGAUUUUAUCGAGUACAUUCCCUCAACGCGCCUAAACGGUCGAUGCCACUACUAUAGUAAGGAGAUGAACUCCGCAUGCACUUUCGGUGCUUGGCACCCCUUGGCUGCUGAAAAACUAAUGGCACUAGAUAUGAACCUAGCAGAUGACAUGUCCGUCUUUCAGCAUGGAAUUUUACGAAUACGGCGCCCAGACAAGUUACUUUGCGGAUUUAACUUUUUUGGAUAUUGAUCGUAUUGAAAAGCAACAGUUGCAAAACCACAACAAUAAUUAUUUCUCUUUGAAGGUGUGGCUUACUAUUGUAAGAAUACCUUAAAUGUAAUAAU